GCAACCGGCUCACUGGCUCUUUCCCCACAGAAUGGACGUCCUCGCGGAGGAGACACGGACUAAACCCGCUUGAGCGCCGGGGAUAUUGAACCUGUGUUCAUUUUAAUUUAAAUUUUUGUAAUUUUGUUUUCUUCUUCUUUUUAAUUUUUGUUUUUUUAAUUUUUCUCCUUUUCCCGAGUACAAGACGACCCUCACGACGAAGCCCAUCUCUCCGGCCGCCCAUCGUGCGUUCCCCCCCGCAUGGACGACGAGGAGGACGAUGUGUUUGAGCCGGACCCCGACUGCUGGCGCACCGCAUUCAGGGAGGUAAAGUGCGAGCACCGGGCCACGCAGACGCCCGGCCCGGCCCCCCCGCCGCCGCCGCCCGACAACGGCAUGCUGCCCUGUGGCGUCGCAGAGGAGCCCAGACAACUCUUCUACGGCAACGCGGGUUUCCGAUUGCACUUCCCGGCCAACUUCGAGCUCGUCGGGGACCAGGAAGCGGGGCCCCGAGGGAGCGGAGGGGAGCGCGGCGGCGGCGGGAUGGAGCGGGCGCCGCGCCAGCAGCCCGCGGCGGGCCGCAGCGUGGAGGCGUGCAUCGGCCAGAAGCUCCAGCUGAUAGGAGACCAGUUUCACCGGCAACACCUGCAACUGUAUCACCGAAACCAAAGGAACCGGGGGCGCGGGUGGUGGCGCCUGGCCGUGGCUCUGCUCAGCUCUCUGUUCGACAGGGGCUUCGUCGCUGGGGGAGGUGGUGCGGGACGGAGGUGAGAGGAGACGG